GAAUCGGGGUUUUGGGUGGGUUUCUUCGCGAUCGCGAUCAUGGGGUAUGUGGGCUCCGGGAAGCGCAAGAGCCCAGUUGAGCCAGACAACGAUGAGGAAGAACCGGAAGAAGAAGAAGAAGAAGAAGAUGAAAAAGAAGAACAAAGCAUAUCGAUCGACAACUUCAUCGACGUUAGCGCCGUCAAGCGAAUGAAGAGAGGGCAACAGGAAGGAAGUCCGGAAGAAGAACAAGAAGAGGAAGACGAAAGCGAUGAUGAAGAAAAAGAGGAUGGAAGAUCCAAGCCCAGGUUUUGGACGGUGAAAUGCAAGCACGGGUUGGCGGAGGAUGCCGCGGCCUCGAUCUUUGCAAAGAUAAAUGACUCGGAAAGCACCGCUGUGCUCGUCAAGUGCGCCAUUGCUCCUGAUAAGUCGUGCGAAGGGAUUGUUAUCAUCGAGGCCGAGUCCGAAGCACACAUUCGAAAGGCAUGCCACGGCCUUAAUUUGCUACUUCUCAAGAAGAUAACUCCCGUCUCGGACGAAACCGUGCAAGAGAUUCUCCGCAAUGAGAAUCGUGAAGUACUCGUUGGCGAGAGCUCUCGUAGCGCUUGCGAGUUUUCCGUGAAGGAUUGGGUGCGAGUGAAGGGAGGGAUUUACAAUGGUGACAUUGCUCAGGUCGUGGAAGUUCGAGACCAUCUUAAAAAACUUCGUGUCAAGCUGGUGCCGAGGAUCGACGUUUGCAAGUACAAAACGAAGGGUUUUCACCUCAAGAAGAACAAGCCGGGGCUUUUCACUCCGGAACAUGCCCAGAAACUCGGUUUCCCUGUAAAGAGGGAGAAGGGAAGAACAGUCUGCAAAUCUUCCAGGAUGGAGUUCUGGGACGGCUAUCUGAUCACGCUUGUGCAGUCCAAAUCCGUGACUGCCAUCACGCCGACGAAGAGAGAGCUCGACUUCUUCAUGGAUCCGCACCAAAUCCAGGAGCCUGACGAAGAGGAAGAUUUGCGGCCGAAGAAGAAAGCCAGGAAGACUCAAAGCGCUGCGAAGGGAAAGGCGAAAGAGGAUGCUGGGAAGUCGAAGGGAAAGGCAAAGGCGAGGAGCGACGCUGGAAAAUCGAAGGCAUAUGUUCCCGAAGAACCGAGAAUCCAUGACUCCAGCCUUAAGAAGGAUGAGAAAGUCCAGGUGAUCGACGGCGAACUCCGAGGUACCAUAGGAAGAGUAACCAAAGUUGAUGGCGAUGCGGUCUACGUCUUGGCGGAUGAUCGGAAAUUUGUACGAGCACACAAGAAGCAGCUCGAGAGAGUGUACGAGGUUGCGAACCACAUCCGUGUAGCAUCCGGGGAGCACGAAGGCCGGACGGGGAUGAUAGUGAAGCUUGAAAGCGAUCACGUUGUGCUGCGCUGCGACUUGAUCACGGAAAAUAUCGAAGUGCCACGGAAAUGUCUUGGAGAAGUUCUCACGCCAUCCGAGAUAUCCGCCGGACAGUUCAAUGAAGGAGAUCUCGUGCUUAUAGACCAAUCCACUUUCGGGAUCAUUCUUAAGAUCGAGGGGGCUGAUAACUCAGUCGAGAUCCUGAAAGGAGAGAUCGAACAAGAAGUGGUGAACGUCAAGGCCAGGAACAUCCAAAAGAAACUCGUGGAUGAAAAUGCUACAGCAAGAGACGCUACCUCGAAGAUUGUUCGCCUGGACAGCAUGGUCCGCGUACAGGAGGGUCCUCUCUCGGAAAGUCGAGGCACUGUGAAACACAUCUACCAGGACUUCCUUUUCGUUCACAAUGCAGACCACGCGGAUAAUCAAGGGAACUUCUGCGCUCAUGCACGCUCUUGCGUGCUUGAAGAGGUGAAAGGUUUUCUCAUGGCGAAUUUCAAGACCGGUGCUCCUCCGAGGAAAACGCAUGAGCUGAUUGGAAAAGAGGUCAAAGUUACUCGAGGCAGCUACAAAGGCCUGAAAGGCCGAGUAGUACGCGCUUACAGAAACAUCGUGCACGUCUUUCUUCGUGCAUUGCUCAAAGAAGUCACAGUGGAAGCACAGAUCAUAGCUUCGUUGGACGGUACAGCACUGCAACAACCUCGAGGUGGUAGAAAUCCCGGGGAAAAUGGUGACAAUGGCGGUGGCUGGAACGCUGACGAUGGUGGCGGAGGCUGGAACACCGGCGGCGACGGUGGUGGUGGCGGCUGGAACACAGGCGGUGACAAUGGUGGUGGCGGAGGCUGGAACGCCGGCGGCGACAACGGUGGUGGAGUUACCAGCAACAAUGGUGGAGGGUGGAACACUGGCGACAAUGGUGGCGGAGGCUGGAACACCGAAGACGGUGGUGGAAAUGAAACUCGCGAUCAAAACGCUACUCGGGGUGGUAGCACUGGAGAAGAAACUCCUGCUAACGCUGGUGGUGAAACAAACGAGCAUGGAGGAGGAGCAAGCUCCGUUUUUGGCAUCAAUGGAGAAGAAGAUGAUCGAGUCCCUGCGAAAGGAAACGCGAGCACUGGCGGCUGUGGAGGAGGUGGCGCUGGAGAGGAGAAUGGCGAUGGCGGAUCUUCUCCAAAGAAGCGGGAUGGAGAGGAAAGCUCCAGUUUUGGCUGGGGAGGAGGAGGAACUACUGGAGAAAUUCCUGGCGCCAGUGGCAGUGCUCGAGAUCUUGGCUGGGGAGGAGGAGCAACGAUCGCUGGAGGCGAUGGUGCGGGCGUCAACAGUGGCGGCUGGUAGAGAUGGAGAUGGAGUUUUGAGAAAAAAUUAUAUAUCGGGUCUAUGGUUUUA